GGGAUCAGGGCCUAGCAGUGAGGAGAGAGAGGAGGGAGGGGAGGGGAGGGGGUGGAGGUGAGCAGGGCGAGGAAGCGCAGGAAGGGCCAGGAAGGGCUGUGCCUUCUCUGGUCGCAACAAAGGCCGGACGCAGAAGGUGGAGCGGAACAGUGCCGAUUCCCAGCGCAUUAUUUUAGGAAGGGACUGGCGCACGGAAAGCUGAGGAAAGUGCUUUAGCGUGCGGGAUCAAAAUCUGCGGAGCUGGCGUGGUGGUAUCCACAGCGAUUGGCUACGGCGCAGGACAGGACGUCGUCGAGGAAGUGAGCUAAUAAAACUACAGGGGUUUGGAAUUGCCGGCGAACAAUGGACGCUCUACUAGGAGAACCACGCACUGUCCUCAUCGCGCUCGACCAAAGUCCGGGCGCAGAAUUCGCUUUCGACUGGGCGGUGAAGAACUAUUGCAAGGCAAACGAUAUCGUGCAUCUACUCUACGUGCGACGCACCAUAGAUGACAUCGGUCAAUGGCGACUUCCAGGCGACGUUGCUGCACGAGUAGAACAAGAAGCGGAGGCAGGAGCUGCUGCUCUUUUGCAAAAGUACAUCGAGCGUGCCAGUCAAGCCAAGUUAAUUUGCAGAGGCAGGACGGUAGUUGGAGACGAACGUGAAGAAAUCUGCAAGGAGGUCCUGUGGGUGUGUGCCGAUGUGCUCAUUGUCGGGAGCAGAGGCCUCAACUGCGUUACAAGUGUUGUGCGGAGGGUAUUGCUUGGCAGCGUUAGUGACUACUGCGCUCAAAACUCGGCGUGUCCAGUCAUUGUCGUCAAACCUUCGUCUGUAAACAAGGGUACCGAUGCCGGCUCCGUGGAUGCCAGCUGCGAGAUGCACAUCACUGGGCUCGAUACCAUGGAAGAUACGUAGUCCGGUCAUACAACUUCACAUGCUUCAUUCUUUCCCGUCAAGAGAGUAUAUUUUACAUAACAGUCGAUCCUUUAUCCCGCUAGGUCGUGCAAGAAGUCGCCCUCACAAUCUCUGUGUUAAAUCGUCACUCUUGCCUGUCCAGCUCUAUUAUUCUCAGUCAUGAAUGGGACAUCCCAUUUUCACCAUAAUCCUUACAGUCAUCUCUUAAAGAAGAUGAUUUACUCAGCUGAUUGAGGUCUCCAAAUCCUGACUGGCAGCAGCAAUUUUCUUGUCAAUGACUCAAUGACACAUCCAAAUGACAACCCCAAUCAACUGACUGGGGCGCCAUUGCCAGAUCCUUUCUCCCACCAACAAGACAAUGUUAUGUACACGAAAGCCGGUGCAGAAUUGGUUGACUGCAACUGUUUUCCUGAAGGAAUCAGGAAAUUGUUUCCAGGCUCCAUUACACAGCUUUUCUGAGCUAGAUGUAUAGCAAAGCAAUUGUUCUUCGUGGAGAAGCAUCACAGGUUAUUUAGGUUUGAUUCGACAGAUGUAUGCAGUAGGAACAAACUACGAUGCAACUUUAGAGCACUAGCAGAAUUUUGGAAUUUUCAAGUGUGCCGGUGAUGUGGUGGGCAAAUUCUCAGCUCUUAAGAUAUUUGUAUUACGAUGUACGGAGACAUCUGUGUACAAUAAGUGAAAGUAUAUGUUCUGGACAGACUUCCAUGAAAUAAUUUUCUCC